AUGGCGGAUGUAGACAUGACCGUUGACAGACGCUCGCCUUCUGUCUCGAAGAGCAGGAAACAGAAGGGGCGAGGCUUGAAGGAGGGAGGCCGCGAGAGCGACGGGCGCUACAGCGGCCAGGGGGGUGUCUUUGAAAGACUGGAGGAAAAAAACGGCACAUCCGGAGCGAACCGAAAGGACGCGGAGAGGUCCAAGGGCGCCGCACCUGCGCGAUCCGUCGAGGGGUGGAUCAUCGUCGUGCGAAAUUUACACGAGGAAGCCCAGGAAGAAGAUCUUCACGAGAACUUCGAAUCCUUCGGCCAAAUCAAAAACCUCCACUUGAACCUGGAUCGGCGGACGGGCUUCGUCAAGGGCUACGCGUUCAUCGAAUACGAUUCCUUCGAAGAGGCCGAGGCAGCUGUCAAAGGUAUGGACAACCAGCAGCUCUUGGGCCAGACCGUGUACGUGGACUGGGCAUUCAGCAAGCCGCCGAGCGACAAAAAAAGGCGCUGA